ACCAGAUGGAGACCCAGACUGUGCAGCAGGAGCUGGAAACCCUUCCAACCACCAAGAUGGCUCAGACCAACCCUACGCCGGGGUCCCUUGGGCCAUGGAAGAUAACCAUCUAUGAUCAGGAGAACUUUCAGGGCAAGAGGAUGGAGUUCACCAGCUCCUGCCCAAACGUCUCUGAGCACAGUUUUGAUAAUGUCCGGUCCCUCAAGGUGGAAUGUGGCGCCUGGAUUGGUUAUGAGCAUACCAGCUUCUGUGGGCAACAGUUUAUCCUGGAGAGAGGAGAAUACCCUCGCUGGGAUGCCUGGAGUGGGAGUAAUGCCUACCACAUUGAGCGUCUCAUGUCCUUCCGCCCCGUCUGUUCAGCUAAUCAUAAAGAGUCUAAGAUGACCAUCUUUGAGAAGGAAAACUUUAUUGGACGCCAGUGGGAGAUCUCUGACGACUACCCCUCCUUGCAAGCCAUGGGCUGGUUGAACAAUGAAGUUGGCUCCAUGAAGAUACAAAGUGGGGCCUGGGUUUGCUACCAAUACCCUGGAUAUCGUGGGUAUCAGUAUAUCUUGGAAUGUGACCAUCACGGAGGAGACUAUAAACACUGGAGAGAGUGGGGCUCUCAUGCCCAGACUUCCCAGAUCCAAUCGAUUCGCCGAAUCCAACAGUAGUGGAUUAAAAGCUCCAAGUACGAGAAUUCCUUAAGGCAUGAGACCUUGCUAAGCACUCUAGAAUGAGUUUUAUGUUCUGCUCACAGACAUUGCUUUCAAAUGUUAGCCGCUGAAAUCCACAAUAAAUGUCAUU